ACAAUGUCUGAUCAGCGAGACUUUUUGUUCGUCGACGCAGCUCAAGCGAAGACGUCCCGCCAAGGUCGCCGCAAUGCUCGUUCUUUUGUCAUGCAGAACGCGCGCAGGAAAAACCCAUGGUCAACAAGCAAACAUGCUGCGAAGCAAAGGAAAACUGGAAGCCCAGAAAGCGCAAGUCCUAACAGUACAUGUGCGUCUACGUCAAACAAGGCGACGCCAAGCCCUCCAAUUGUUGCGAACAGGUCUGAUUACUUUUCUUCCCCAGAGUCUGAAGAUUAUGCGAUAGCCCAGAGGGACGUUUGCCCAGAGUGUCAGAUUUUCCUGUGCCGCCCGGGUGAGGGAUUCUGCCAAAGAUGUUUGCUGGUCAAGCCUGCGGCGCCUGCAGAAGACCCAAACAAUCAACUUUUCGAUCCUUUUCGGACUUCAUCCGUCGAAGUUACCCGCAGCGUAUCGGAACUGCUGAAGCAUUUUUCCACGGAGAUGGCGCCUGGUAUCAUCGCAGUCGACGUCCGGCAUCGUUCCACUCUGAUGAAGUCGGACUGGUUCGGCACGGCGAUAAGUAAUCCAGGCUUCAUGCACAGUCUGCUCGCUACAAUCGCGCUGCACGCCUACGUUUUCGGAAAAGAUACCAUGGAUGCCGUCUUGCACCAUCGAGCACAAGCUAUUGCUGCUGUCAAUGCAGCGAUACUGACACCGGAUGGAAUUUCUGAUGCGAAUAUUGGUGCUGUCUUCAACUUACUCACGAUAGAAGAGGGUUUGCAUCUGCCACAAUUCGACUUGCACGAGGACCAUGCGGUUCAACUCGAUAUCCACAGAAGAGGGCUGCAAAGAAUGGUGCAGCUGCGUGGAGGACUAGGAGCAAUCAAUACGAACCGCAUUCUUCAAGCCUUUAUGCUUUGGCAUUCGACGGCUCACGCUAUUUACGAUUUCCAAGCGCCAAGCCCCUCUACUUUGGAUUUCAUCAGCACAGCAGGCUUUCCGCGCCAUCCACCAGGCUAUGAAUCGGGCAUUUCCCAACAUCUGACUGAUUACUGUCGGAGUGCAGGUCUCAAAGAGUCGCUUAAUGCCCUGGUGGAACUGGUACUUUUCCUGAUUGCCGAUCUGAAUGUCUGGUUCAGUGAUCCCGAAAACCCUCUAGACCCUCUCGACAUUCAGAACUUCGCAUGUGUCUUAGAGUGCUCUCUGCUAACAUGGGUACGCAAGAACGAACAUCUUGUCACCCCUCUCGAAGACGCGCUAUGCGUUGCGCUACUCAUCUUUACCGUGCGGACGACGGAAGCGUUCAAGCGACAGUCUCACGUUCACCUGCUCCACUUUGCAGCAAGUAAGCGGCUGGAGAAAGCGCUGAAUUGCACCAUUCGUACCGAGUGGCAACAUUGCCCCGACCUUCUACUCUGGAUACUCUCUAUCGGUGCGAUAUCAGCGGAACCCUCGCCAGAGAGCACAUGGUUUGUGUAUCAGACCUCGCUCGCUUGUGCGGAAUUCGACAUUCUAUCAGCGGAAGCGCUCCUCGAACGACUUCAUCUCUGCGGCUGGGUUAGUUACAAGCUCAACGAUGCUGUGUGCCAGCUGUGGGCCAGGGUUGUGAAUCUCAGGCUCGCGCCAUUCUUCGAAGCGCCCUUGAAAGCUGAAGACGCCAACAGCCCUGUUGGGCCGUUGCAACACCACGUUGCUGAGCCCGAUCUCAACGCGUGGGAAAGCAUCGACUGGGCGGCUCUCAGUUUGGGUCUCGACGAUAUGAAUCAAGGACAUGCAAACAACCUGGGCGAUGGAGGCAAAACAUCAGAUCCUUACGAUUCCGGAGUACCAGACGACCAAUCUUGUACUUUCGGCAGUGGCUACGGGUUCACAUGUAUGUACAACUUCGAGCGCUCUCAACUUUUACUAAUACCCGCAUUGCUGGGUGCUAACCUUCUUGUCGAAUACGCAGGGCCUACAACGCAACAUCCUUACGCGCACUGGAUGAACGGAUCGCAAAACCAUCACGAACAAUGAGCGAGGGCUUUGAAUGUGUUGCAUCCUCGACUGGGUGUGAAUAUCUCUUCGU